UCCUGGAACGUGACUACUCAUGUAUGUUUGAGAGAGAACAAAAACCUUUUAAAUUAAUCUAUUAACUCAAUCUGCCAGUUAUCUGAAACACUCGACAGACAGUCAAAGCACACUGAGGGUGCGAACCUUAGAUACAGAGAGGGAGGGAGAGAGCGGGUGAGCGAGAGAGAGGUUGGCCGAGACCUGACAGGUGUUCUUGUUUUUCUUGUUUCUGCAUUUCUCUAUGAGGCGUAAACAGAAGAUGUAAGACUGACGCAUGGCUACUCGUAAGAUGAAUCCCCCACCGGUUGUUCCCAAGAAACAUUCUUUCCUCAGACCUUUUCCUACGGAGGGCCAGCCUGCUCAUACGCAAGUGAAUGGGAAGGAAAGCGUUAGACAACCAGAACAUAACGUGGAGCUGUUAAACCACUGCUUUUCUGAUGUGGAGCGCUUCAUGGCCCAACUGCAGCAGGCAGCUGAUGCUCAGCGCACUCUGCAGCAAAACAUGCAAAGAAAGAAGAACGACAAGAAGAAGAAGCAGGGUUAUGAUGUCAUGAUGACACAAGUAAGCCCUCCAUCCGAACAAGAGUUUGUGGACAUUUUCCAGAAGAUUAAAUACUCAUUCAGUUUGCUGGACUGUUUGAAGACACACAUAGCAGAUCCAAACUCAGAGGAGCUUAUGCAUUACCUGUUCGUUCCUCUCGACCUGAUGGUCAAAACUACAGGUGGUCCUGACUUGGCAGCCGGUGUGUCCAGUCCUGCACUGACCAGUGGAGCCAUUUCUCUACUGCAGCAGUAUAUCACACAGGAGGAAAGAGAGUUGUGGAGCUCUCUCGGCCCCAACUGGACCCAUCCAAAUUCACAGCAUGCUAAAUCAGCAUCCCCGUAUACUCCAGUGUUUCUGGACGGUUGGAAGCCUGAUGCCUUUGAUGCAAACGGUCAGGCUUUUGUAGAUCCUGUUGAAUCACAGAACAAAAAAGAGGCCCUGCUGCAACGUCAACAGUUAGAAAAUAGGCAGCCCUCAUCACCUGUCCAGCACACAGAUGAAAGUAUGGAAACUCCGCAUCCUGACCAGCUGUACCGCUGCACAUAUGACUUUGUGGCCCGAAACAGCAGUGAGAUUUCAGUGAUGCAUGGAGAAACUCUCCAGGUGUUGGAUUCGUCUGGGCGAUGGUGGAAGUGUAGGAACAGCUAUGACCAGAUUGGCUUUGUUUCGUCAAAUAUUCUGGAGCCCGUCAACCAGACAGAGCUAGACAGCAGCGUGAUAAUGCGCAAGCCAUCUACGAAAGCUCAUUUGUCUCCCCUGGGAGUUGGACGCUUUUCAUAUAUAGCACCCAAUCCAGGGAGAGACCAUGCCCACACCGAGUCCCGCCCUGUCAGCAUGCCACCAAUGGGAAGUGAGAGUGAGAAAGGAAUGCUCAUGAAUAAUGAGCUUGCACAAUGGCUGACUAAUGGGAGACCGGGAUCAGUGCGGCCUCUGGUUAUCAACAAGGCCCAUGACACUACAGUACCUCUAAACUACCAGUCGUCUCCUGCUGAGGUACAGGAGUGGCUCAGAGCCAAAGGCUUCAGUGAAAACACGGCGGACGAUUUGGGGGUUCUCACCGGACCUCAGCUCUUCUCUCUGACUAAGGAGGAGCUGUGCAAGGUUUCUCCUCAAGAGGGGGCCAGAGUUUACAGCCAGAUCAUGGUGCAAAAAGCUCAGCUGGAGACUGAAAGAAAAUCCACUGAGCUGGAGGCAGUGAUGAGAAGACAAAAGAUGAAACUGGAUCCCGUAUUAGAGGGGGGAGGACUUUAAUUCACCACACACACGCGCACACACAGAGGCUAGGCCUGGCAUCAAGAGCUUGUUCUGUGCAACUGUAUAAGAUUCUACUAAGUUUAUAUUCGUCUACUUCACAGGAUAUCUAAUUUAUUGCAGUGUUAGGAUACAGUAUGGAUAUAGAAUUGUUUUUUAUAGCAUAUAUAUAUAUAUAUAU